AUGGCUCUCCAACGGCAAGUGAUCGUCACUCAUGCUGAAGGCACGAAUCUUCACGUCACUCUGCAAGUGAACGGCGAGGUCGACGGACAUCGACUGGUCUUCUUUCACAACUCUUCGAGAAUAUCCGACUUCACGGGCACAAUAAUUGUCGACUCGAGAAGCAACAAGUACUUCAAUGUAACCGUCUAUGGCGCUUCGGGCAAAAUCAACGGCGCUGUGAAAUACUCAACUGAAAGAGAUUCUGAUGAGAUAUUCUCGUUCACCACUUACGUACAUGAUCUUAAUGCCUCCAAUAGAUCUAUGAUCAUCCCAAUGCCGGCAAUAGUGGAAUCUGGCUCGCGAAUGAUCUGCAUGUACGCCGAUGAACAACGCGAGGAACAGGCUGUGUGCAGGAUUGUGCAGUACUACGAGACUCCACUCGAGAUUGAUAUCGAGCAGAACACUUGGCAUGAAAUGGUCGGCAGCUGUCCUUCUUGUAAUCAGAUCAACCUCACCGGUUUCUCCAAGUAUCUCAACCCGAUGUCGUGGGUAAAUGGCGUGUCAUCGCUUGGGGAAUUCGUGAUGAUGGCCACCGAUGUGUUGGUGUACGUUUGCGUUUUGGUGGUCGUCUACGUGGUGCUCACCAAAAUCAUCAUACCCAUCUGUAAAUGCUGGAUCUGUCCCAUGUACAUACUUUCUCAAGCGACUCAUACAAAACCGAAACAGCAUGCGAAGCGAAGGAAACCCGAUCGCGACCACCACGAUGAUGACAUCUGCGUUUGA